UGCUGUUUUUGUGAAUGGAUUCAAAUGUUAAUUUGAUAUUAAGGCUAUUGGAAUUCAGUUUUUGUAUGAAUUAUGACAAUUAGGAUUCGGUAGAACAAAAUUUCCUCAAUGCACUGCAUCCACAAUGGAAUGUAUUUUAUAUGUUUACCCAUAUGAUCAGUUAAGACCUUAGUCUGCUCCCACCAGUCUAAAAAUAGAUUGGCAUAAGAGAGAGCACAUGCAGUUCCCAUCGCUGUACCCUGGACCUGAAGAAAAAACUGACAUCUGAAUGUGAUGAAAUCUUUAUGUAAUAUGAAUUUAAGUAAAUUUAUUAUGAAGAAAUUGUGAUUAACAUUAUUGGUUUUGAAAAAAUAUUCUACUGCUUCCAAAGCAAAUUUGUGUUGAAUACUCAACAUCUGCAGUUACUAAUAUGCUGCUGGAGGAAUGGGUGAUUCUUCAGGUACCCAUCAAUAUCUUUGAAGGGGACGACCUACAUCUGAGAUGCCACAGCUGGCCUUUCGCCACAUAUGCUGUUAAAAACAUAAAAUUUUAUAAGGAUAAAGAAACAGUUCCUAGUUAUAAUAAUGAAAUUGUUUUUGCUAUAAAUAGAGGAUUUAACAAUGGUAUAUAUGGAUGUACUAUGGUCUUAAAGUUCGCCAUAACUUCUAAAAUAUACGAAGACUGGACAAAUCUUUCUGUUCAAGAGCUGUUUUCUCAUCCAGCAAUAAAGGUGAGCUCAUAUCAGAUGAGAGAAGGAUCUAACAUGACUGUAUCAUGUCACACAUCCCUUAAUGUACUCAGAGAAUCCACAGUACUGCAAACUGCUUUCUACAAAAAUGCAAAGCUUGUGAAAGAAUUCAGCUUUUCCAAUGAACAUCAAAUUAUCUUUGCUCAGUUGGAGGACUCAGGAGAUUAUACUUGUGAAGUAACAAAUCUUCCAAACACUGUAAGGAAAAUGAGCAAUUCUUUAACAAUCUACAUUCAAGAGCUGUUUUCUCAUCCAGCAAUAAAGGUGAGCUCAUAUCAGAUGAGAGAAGGAUCUAACAUGACUGUAUCAUGUCACACAUCCCUUAAUGUACUCAGAGAAUCCACAGUACUGCAAACUGCUUUCUACAAAAAUGCAAAGCUUGUGAAAGAAUUCAGCUUUUCCAAUGAAUAUCAAAUUAUCUUUGCUCAGUUGGAGGACUCAGGAGAUUAUACUUGUGAAGUAACAAAUCUUCCAAACACUGUAAGGAAAAUGAGCAAUUCUUUAACAAUCUACAUUCAAGAGCUGUUUUCUCAUCCAGCAAUAAAGGUGAGCUCAUAUCAGAUGAGAGAAGGAUCUAACAUGACUGUAUCAUGUCACACAUCCCUUAAUGUACUCAGAGAAUCCACAGUACUGCAAACUGCUUUCUACAAAAAUGCAAAGCUUGUGAAAGAAUUCAGCUUUUCCAAUGAAUAUCAAAUUAUCUUUGCUCAGUUGGAGGACUCAGGAGAUUAUACUUGUGAAGUAACAAAUCUUCCAAACACUGUAAGGAAAAUGAGCAAUUCUUUAACAAUCUACAUUCAAGAGCUGUUUUCUCAUCCAGCAAUAAAGGUGAGCUCAUAUCAGAUGAGAGAAGGAUCUAACAUGACUGUAUCAUGUCACACAUCCCUUAAUGUACUCAGAGAAUCCACAGUACUGCAAACUGCUUUCUACAAAAAUGCAAAGCUUGUGAAAGAAUUCAGCUUUUCCAAUGAAUAUCAAAUUAUCUUUGCUCAGUUGGAGGACUCAGGAGAUUAUACUUGUGAAGUAACAAAUCUUCCAAACACUGUAAGGAAAAUGAGCAAUUCUUUAACAAUCUACAUUCAAGAGCUGUUUUCUCAUCCAGCAAUAAAGGUGAGCUCAUAUCAGAUGAGAGAAGGAUCUAACAUGACUGUAUCAUGUCACACAUCCCUUAAUGUACUCAGAGAAUCCACAGUACUGCAAACUGCUUUCUACAAAAAUGCAAAGCUUGUGAAAGAAUUCAGCUUUUCCAAUGAAUAUCAAAUUAUCUUUGCUCAGUUGGAGGACUCAGGAGAUUAUACUUGUGAAGUAACAAAUCUUCCAAACACUGUAAGGAAAAUGAGCAAUUCUUUAACAAUCUACAUUCAAGUAGAACAUCCGUCUGGCGUAACUGUUUAUCUGCAACCCAGAGAUGGGCUAUUGAUAGAAGGUCAGAGACUGGAAGUAACCUGUUCUGUGACUAAAGGGACUGGACUCAUGGAGUUUUCCUGGUACAACCAGUACAAAAAAGGAUGUCAGCUUCAGCAAGUACACUCGCAACAGCACAUUUUUGUCAUUUCCAAUAUUACAGAAAAUUAUGAUGGACAAUAUUUCUGUGCAGUAAAAAGAGUCCGUUCUCAGCAGCAGAGCAAAAGUGAAAGUGUGCGGCUAACAGUAAAAGUAGAACAUCCGUCUGGUGUCACUGUUUAUCUGCAACCCAGAGAUGGGCUAUUGAUAGAAGGUCAGAGACUGGAAGUAACCUGUUCUGUGACUAAAGGGACUGGACUCAUGGAGUUUUCCUGGUGCAACCAGUACAAAAGAGGAUGUCAGCUUCAGCAAGUACACUCGCAACAGCACAUUUUUGUCAUUUCCAAUAUUACAGAAAAUUAUGAUGGACAAUAUUUCUGUGCAGUAAAAAGAGUCCGUUCUCAGCAGCAGAGCCAAAGUGAAAGUGUGCGGAUAACAGUAAAAGUUCAAGUUUCAAAGCCAACACUGAUGAUCAACCUCAGUGAAGUUGCUAUAGGAGAUGAUGUAGAUUUUGUCUGUUUGUCAGACAGGGGCUCCCUCCCCAUACACUAUCAAUUCUACCAUAUGGGGAUGGUCGUAAGAAACAUCACUGUUAAUCAGAAAGGAGGGGCACAUCUGAGAUUGAACAUUGCCAAUGUGAAAGUGGCUGGACUGUAUUAUUGUGAUUCCCACAAUGAUAUCUCUAACUCAAGCCUCAGCAAUGAAGUCACUUUGUCUAUCAUCGUGCCUGUUGCUCAUGCCAUGAUUACUGUGAAAAAUGGCACUUUGGAUGUGAAAGCUCAAGACUCUAUGACCUUCAACUGUUCUGUGGAACUUGGCACAUCACCAAAUUUUAUGUGGUUCCACAACAAAGAGGAGGUGGAUGAGAGAUCUGGGCUUUACCAGAUCACAGAAAUGGGGAUGGUGUUACAUGUAAAGUCUGUCCAGCUUCAGCAUGGUGGAACUUACCAGUGCCAGGCCAGCAACAUGGUCUCACCUAACAGGAUUUUCACCGCACAGAGCAAUAUCUUGACUGUCACCGUAUUAGGUGUAUCAGGCACACUACAUGGAAUCCUCACCCCAUCACUCUCCGUAUCUCUUCUGGUUCUGCUUCUCAUAUGCGGUUUCCUUCUCUUCAAUUACAGAAGAAAAAUAGCCCAAUCAAUCAACUGUUCCUUUUGUCAACAACAAGCAGGAAAGGAGAUUCCUAAAUCUAGGAACCAUCAAGAACAUGAACAUGAAGAUACACAUUCUCAAGGCUGUAGUGUAACUGAAGAUCAGGAAGAAUACUACAACUUGAACCCUAGAGACGUCACUAUGAAUAAUAGUGUGUGUUACACCUAUAUUGAUGUCAAAUGUGGUAAAAAAGUUGCUGUACAGUCAGAUGAUAUAAAAGCCGGUUACUCAGUUACCUACUCUGCUGUGAAAUGUAAGGCCAAAGUGACCACCAAUUCUGCCUGCAACAAAGAACUACCUGACCCUUCAGACAGCAUAUAUGAGAACUUCAACUCUAAAUAGAUGAGACUGUUUUUCUCUUUAGUGUCAACCGACACUGUUUCUUCAUUGACAUCACAUCCUUGCUGGCAAAAAAGGACCACAUUUACAGCUCCCCAUAAAGAUGUAGUAACAAAGAA